GGGGCAGGCUUUCUCUGACGUUGCAGUCGAGUGUGCCGCAGACUCAGGAAUGAAGUGGACGUACACACACUCCCUUGGAUCAGUGUGAUUUCACCAUUUCUCGGUAUCAUGUCUGAGUGGAAGCAGAAAUGUGAGGAGGAGUGGGGCCUGCAGGGAGCUCCGAUGCCGGACAGUCUGGACUGGAAAUCCGUGUAUGAAGCCAAACCUCUGGGGAGGAAUUUACUGAAGAACCCUUCACCUCACGGUAACAACACUCUUUAAGGAAGACUAGAGAUGCUUUUUUGUUUCCGGACUACAAACAGUUGGGAGAAGUAGCAGGGUUCAACACAGUUGUGACUGGUAGCUGAUAAUUAUUUAUAACACCACAGCUGCUUCGAAGUUGGAGAGACGUUUUCCUAAAGUGCUGAAACUCUCAAACAAAAAUAAAUUCAUUCAUAUCAGCAGGACUUCCUCGUAUUUUGUCCUGCACAUAACUAACUUUGGAGUCACUCUGCUUUUGCCUCAUCUGCCUCCCAAUCGUGCUUUUGCAGUGGUCAGACACACAUAUGUAGGAAAGUACCACAAACUGUCUCUCUGCAAUAACACAUGCAAACACAAGCUACAGGGCAUCAUUCAUGCUCAUUCAAGUGGUGUGAAUGCUGUUUUAAUCUGUUCACAGUUAUAUAUAACCACAUGUAUCAUUAGUUUGUCUUUACUCUCCUAAUAUUCCUCCAGAUCUUCUCUCAUCAUCGCUUUAAUAGCUGAUCAACCUUAAAGCAGCAAACUGGCCAUGACUUUGGGUUUCUGUUAGUUAUUCUGAUCAACAGCAGAAUUGUGUAAUAUCCUGCCCUGAGUUGGGAGGAAAUGCUGCCAGAUACUUUGCCAGUAGAUCUGCUGAUAUUUGACACAUCUUAAACCUGUGGACCUUAAAAGUGUUUUCUGUUGCAAGUCUCAGGUCUCUUUCUUUGGUCGCAUGAAAGCCAGCUACAAUGGGAGCCUGUAGGUUUUCUUAAACAAGAUGCAGUUGGACAUUUCUCAACUGCUGACUCACACUUGAACAGUCUUUCCACAGAGACACACCCAGAAAACCUGUCAGAAAGACUGAUAGUUUAGCUUUGUGAAGGUUACAGUGGGAUUGUAGAGGCUUUGGUGGGUGUGUUACUAUCUACAGCUGUCUCUUUGUGUUUUUUCUCUCAGGCAUGAGUAAAGACAACCCUCUACCUGAACGUGGACAUUUCUCAACUGCUGACUCACACUUGAACAGUCUUUCCACAGAGACACACCCAGAAAACCUGUCAGAAAGACUGAUAGUUUAGCUUUGUGAAGGUUACAGUGGGAUUGUAGAGGCUUUGGUGGGUGUGUUACUAUCUACAGCUGUCUCUUUGUGUUUUUUCUCUCAGGCAUGAGUAAAGACAACCCUCUACCUGAACGUGAUCAAAGGCCAGUGAGAGGACCACUCCCAUUUGAACCUGAGGGUGAGAGACAAGCUAAUAAACACAAAGAACACAAAUGACGUUUUCCAGAUUGGGUGAAUGCUGUACUUAAAUCUUCAGGCAACUUCAGUGGCUGGACCACAAAAAAUGAAACUAUACCCCGAGACACAAGUGACAUCCCACCUGGUGUUGUUGUCUGCAGCAUGAGUACAUACAGGUGAGUGUUGACCAUACAGCUGAUUACUCUUCAUACACACACAAUCUUUUUGGGUAAAAACAGGCAGCAACCUUAAUUUCAGUUUAAAGGCACUAUAGAAGAGCUAAAACCUGCAGUUCUUUAAAUGUCCACUAGAGGCUGUCUCCAAAAGUGAGUCCAGCUUCUUUAGGUCACAUGUUACAUCUUGAUGACAGAAAUUGACAUGUUUACCACUAGACUGUAUUGGCUGAGUGAGAUCGUGUUGGUUCGUUCCAAUUCAGUGGGGCAACAUUAACUGUGAUUGAUAAAAUAGCCCUAUUGAUAGUAAGUACUAAAAAAAAAUAUCCACUCAUGCCAUCCAGUCGAUUUUUAGUAAUCAGUGUUUCGGUGUCGAACUAUUUCCUUUCUGCAGCGUAGUGAUACUUGCACACGCGCAAUCGAAUAUGCAGAGGGGUGAAGCGAUUUUUGUCACGUGGACCAAUAGGAGCCGAGUCUCGUUGCCAUAGUAUCAGAAAUACACAAACAUGGCGACGAGCGCAUCUAGCAGUGAGACAAGCGAAGAGGAAGAAAAGAAAAGGAAAAAAAGAAAAUAGCCUUCAAAAGUGCAUAAAAAAGGAACGAAACAAUGCUAUAUGCAUUUAUCAUCUGUACAGGGCGAAGAGGUCCUUGACUUUACAAGGACACGUUGGGAAACUUACAGAACUAGUAUUAGAAAGUGGCUUUCUGUACAGGGGGAGACAAAGGACCUUGCAGAAACUUACAAACAUUGCGUUGACAUUGACUUUGACAAUGUUCCUGAUGACACUGGGUUUCACAUGACAUGCUACCAGUGAUUUAUUUGCAAAAGGCGUUUGGGAAACAAGAACGUGAUGCAACCGCGGGUCAGUCAAACCCUUAACGCAGCAUCGCCGAUGCAUCCACGUCCACGGCAUCUGAAACUCCGCGAAAGAAACUUCGCUCGAGGUCAUAGGCUGUAUUGGGACAAAGGAAAAAGUGCCUAGAAAGUGAAUUUCGUUCAACUACGCUGGUGCAAUCAAUGCAUUUUUGCAUAGACAAUACCAUUCUGGACUUUGGGUUAAAAUAUCUACUCAGACUAUCUGUCUGACUUUUGUCACCAGCCAGAAAUGUACAUAUAUGUGAGUAACCCAAAAAACGAUUAUAUGGUGCUGCUGUUUUUGCUUGUAGAAACUGCUAUGUUGAUUCUGGCAAGACAAAAUCUUUCUCAAAUGUCAUAAAUACAUCUACCUAACAUCUGAAACAGUUAUUGGUGCCUUAGUAUACGCAUAAGUGAAUUCAGAUUAUGAAAUGUAGCAAAUUUCUUGAAGAAAACGUCUCAACUCAAGUGAUUUGCACCCAGCACAAUGAAAUAUAUACAGUAAAUUGAGCUAAAAGCUUAUGUUUCAUACAUAAAAAUGACAAAACCUACUGUGACAAAAAUAAAUGCACAAAAGGUCUGAAGUAAUUCAAAAUAUGGUAUAAAACAUUUAUUCAAGAAUUACAGUAUCAAAACAUCUAACAUUUUUCAAUCCCUCCAGAAUAUGAAAAUAAAGAUCAAAACACAAACGCAGACAAAUGUAGAACAAAUAUAAAAAUAAUAUAAAUCUCAAAUCUCGGUGUAGCAAUCCUUUAAACAAAACAAAUUGUACAUGGUGACAUGGUGCGUAUAUUACGCAUCACUAUCACUUUCAUCAGAGUCAUCAUCCCAUACAGCUCUUUCUUCUGUUUCCUUUGAAGCAUUCUCACAUGCUUGGCACCGACAUAAAUCUGUACAAGAUAGUCUUGCAUGGUCACCACAUGAAGUAGAACAGAGUGUACCUAAGUUAAACAUCAGCACGCUCUGUUUCUGUCAUGCAUAAAGAGAUGCUGACUUAAAGAAACGUCGCAGUAGUCCUUUAUUUUUUCCCACGGAUGCAAACAUCUUAAAUGUGAAAUCUCUGCUGCUGUCUCUCUCUCUUUUUCUCAGCUGGUUCACCAUGGAGCAGGUCGUGGACCUGAAGGCAGAGGGUCUGUGGAAUGAGCUGCUUGAUGGGUUUCAGCCUGAAAUAGUCAUCCAGGACUGGUGGGUUGAUGAGCGCCCCCCGCUGCCUCUUACCCCUCUUGCCUGUAUUAGAGACUGUGUGUGGGGCCUUCUCACUGUGGCCUCAGCAGCUCAGUUUGUUCACACACAGAUGACACAGAACGUGUUUCACAGUUCAGUCAUUAAUAUUUGCUUCAGGCAGGAACAGCUCAUCAAGGAUUUAAUUAGUUUGGGUAUCAACAGAUGUUUGUCCUUAAGUUUGUAAAGAAAACAGUGUCACAGUUUUACGGUUGAGCUAAAAAGUCUCGCUAACAUAUUAAUCAUACAUUAGUUCUCUACUAACAUUUAUUAGCAGCAUUUUUGCUCUUUAUGAUUCAUUGAAUAUCACACACUGAGGACCUUUUAAUCAAAGAAAGAAAAAAUAAGUUUUGAGCACUUUUUCCGAUGUUUUCUAUUUCCCUUCAAUGGGACAACAGUUUCUACAAAACUUAAAUCUUUAGAGCUUUAAAAUGACUAACCCAUGAAACAAAGCUUUACUUCCCUUUAGAUAUGGCAGAAUUCAAUAUCCAACUAUUUGUCAACUCUCAUCAUCAGUUAGCAACCUGUGAAACACAUCCUCAGGGAUCGCACAACUUACUUUUGUGGCAUUGCUGUAGCACUUUUAUGUUUUGGCUCUUAAUUUCUGAUCACAUUCUGCCGGUUUUCUCAGGUAUGAAGAGAGUGAUCUGAAUGAAUAUAUUUACGAGCUGCAUGUGAAGUUACUGGGUGCUGACAAAAGCACAGUGAUCUCAGAGCACUGUGUGAAGCCCACUGAGGACCGCAGCUCUGAGUCACAUGGCUGGAAGGAGGUGAGUGUCUUAGUCCUCACAGGUACAUCAGAGGAAGUUGAUGCAAUACACCAUUCCACCAGUAGGUGUCAGUAUCUCACCAUAGACUCAUGUACAUUUGAAAACAUCACAUUUUACUGUCAUGACCUAAAGGUUCUGAACAUACAAACACAUUUUUCUGUGACAGGUACACCUUGAUAUUCAGUUACAUUGGGGCCAUUACAUUUAAACAUGCAAGACUUCCCAAUGCACUGCACUGAGUGUUUUUAACAGGGUUUCUGUUGGCCUGCAGGUGUCACAUGUGUUCUCUGGUUAUGGACCCGGUGUGAGGUAUGUCCAUUUCCAGCACCGCCUGAAGAAUAUGCGUAUGGAUGGGUUUGCACGUGGUUUUUACCAGACACUGUUCACUGACAGCUCAGUGAUCAUCAAACCGACCAAAACGUGCUGCUAAUCUUCCUGAGAUCUGCAGAGUAGAUAUGCAGCAUACAUACUUUGUUGCCUUUAACCAGCAUGACCAGCACUGAAUGCCUCUUGCUUUGUUUUAUGCUUUGAUAAACAUUACAUUGAGUACCUAUUACAGGGUUUCUUAAUACUAUUUUUAUAUCCUUUGUUAUAAUGAUAACAUUGAUUUUGCACUAGCUUUAAAGUUGUACUCUUAAUAACUACAUGGUGAUUUGGCAAAAAAAUAAGCAUUAAAAAUCUCUCCUGGACUUCUUUUGAUGCCUUAAGAUUUCAUGCGCUUAACCUCACAAUUUUCUUUACAUGUAAAUGUAAAACAGUGGCUAAAUAAAUCAGUAUUUGCUUGAGAAUUAAAGACAAAAAGAACCCUAUUCACGCCAGUUAUUAAAAAAUAGGUUUUUCUUCAUUUGAAAAACCCUAAAUAUCAAGUCAAAAGUGUCAAAGUCUAAAAUAUGAGGAAAAAAAGUUUAAAAAUAAUGUGAUAGAAAGUCAUUAUGAGUUUUAAAAUCAUAAUUGAGAUAAAAGUUUUAAAAUUUUAAUCAAUUAGCCAAUAUCAGAAGACCAAAAAUCUAAACUAUCUGAUGGGAAGUCAAUAUUCUGUGAAAGUUAAUGAUUAUGACAUAAAAGGGAAAGUUAUGAGAUAGUCAAAAUUUUGAGAAAAUAAGUCAUGAAUGUUAGAGAAGUCUAAAUUUUGAUUCAAUUAGUGAAAUGUAAAGGACAAAAAGCCAAAAUUAUGGGAUCGAAGCUUUAAGAAAAACGACUCAUAUUCCCUUUUUGUCUCAAGUUUUUACAUCCACAUUUUUACUUAUCACAUGAUAAUGAUUUACUCUUUCACCAUAUGGACUUUUUGUCUGAAAUGAAGAGUUUUAAUCUUAUAUUGACGACAGUAAUUAUGACUCACUAUGUAAUUAUUUUGUCUUAUUCUCAGUUAUUUCUUUCUUACAAGUCUUGACUUUUUUCUCAUAAAUUUGACUUUAAUUUAGGGGAUUUUGAUAAUUAUGACUUAGUAUUCAGAAUUUAUUUCAUGAUGGCCAAGCCUCCCUCUUUUUUAUACUGUGGGCUCCAAUAGUGGCUUCUUAGUAGCUGUAUACAUGAAAGUUAUCAACUUUGCAGAAGCACAUUUUUCAGUGCAAGUGCUGCCUUCCAUACCCUCAGAAACAACAUGAGGGUAUAGAAAAAAGGCAUUUUGUUCAUACACAAAAAAGCAAAUUAUAUUUGACAGAACAAAAGCUAGGUCUGAGACAUUUGUUUUCAUAGACCUAUAUCCAUUUGUUCCUAAUUAUCUCACAAAAUCUAAAAUACUUUGAAAUCAGCCAUUUUGACAGUUGAGCAAUGCUAUGGACAGUGAGGGUCCUGAACUCAACAUCUGAUUUUACAGAUAUAUGCACCCCUUACAAUGGGCUGACAGAAAUGCAAAACUUGUUUGUGGCAGGUUUUAAAAUGUGUCAGAUAAUCCCUGUUAAAAUCACCCAAAAUAACAGCAGUGAGGAUUUGAAUCAUCAAUUAUGUUGCUGCUGAUUUUGUUUGCUUUUGUCAAGAAUAAAAAGACAUCAAUAUGAA